AUGUCUUCUUCCCACAACGGCUGGAUUGCCUAUACAUACAACCCUUCAUUGGCCGCCGCAGCAGUAUUCAUAGUAUGCUUUGCACUUGUCACUUUACUACACACUUUUCAUUUGUUCCGCACGAGAACAUGGUUCUUCAUCCCGCUCGUCAUCGGCGGAUACUUUGAGCUUGUUGGAUAUAUUGGCCGCGCCAUGUCAGCGAAACAAUCGCCCGAUUGGACCAUUGGACCCUAUGUUAUGCAAAGCACAUUGCUGCUCGUUGCCCCGGCGCUGUUCGCAGCGAGUAUCUACAUGGAACUGGGUCGGAUCAUCGUUAUGGUCAAGGGCGAGGAGUUUGCCUUGAUUCGAGUUGGAUGGAUGACCAAGAUAUUUGUCGCGGGUGACGUGUUGAGUUUCUUGAUGCAGGCGUCUGGUGCGGGAAUAAUGGUCACUAAAUCAUCAAGCUCCACGAGCACCGGCCAGAACGUUAUCAUCGGCGGUCUCAUCGUACAAAUCGUCUUCUUCGGAUUCUUCCUGAUUAGUGCGUUCAUCUUCCAGCGGCGCAUGAGCACUCACCCCACUGCCCAUGCGGUGGCAGACCAAUACCCCUGGCGCAAGCAUAUGUGGGCGUUGCACUCGUCCAGUAUCCUUGUUCUCAUUCGGUCUGUCGUUCGUGUCGUGGAGUAUGUCCAGGGCACGGAGGGCUAUCUCAUGAGCAAUGAGGUUUUCAUUUAUGUCUUUGAUGGAAUGUUGAUGUUUGCGGUGAUGGUCAUUUUCGUGAUCGUUCACCCGAGUGAGGUGAACUAUCUUCUUGGCAGGGGAAGAGUCGUAACGGCUAUGGGCGGGUUGAAGGUCAUGGAGGGCUCGAGUGCGGUUUAG